GCUUUGCGUAAUAAGUUAGUGGUACUACGAGAUGGAGAGUGUUACCCUGAGGAUUCUUCUGGUGUUGCUAUCGCUGCCAAUGGUAAACGCGGACUGUAUGGGCAGACCCGGCGAUGUGGACAAGAGGUUGAUGGCUUACAACAUGAAAACCACAGAAGGGGUUAAUAAAUGUGGACUGAUGUGUGCCCUGGAGGGGCGAUGUGUUGCCAUCAAUUAUCACUCGGAAACACUGAGGUGUGAGAUGGUUGAGGAAGGCGCAGGAGUAAAGAACGAUUCGGCCGGAUGGUCAUAUAUAUCAGACCUGUCUUUCGUUUCUCCCUUGAUCGGAUCAUGCUCCGGAGAGACUUUGUCGGAAUACUCUGCUUGUGUGAAACUGACAAGUGGAAGCCAUGCUACCGUCAUCAAAUAUUGCCCCCGACCAUCUCCUAUUGCCCAUGGUACGGCUCCAAGCAACCCUCGUGAUGUGGGAGCUUCCUUAACGUACACGUGUGAAACCGGAUAUGUCGAGUUUGGAUCCGGAACUAGGACGUGUGGUACAGAUGGAAAGUGGAAAGGUUCGGCUUUCGAGUGUCGAGAUUGUGGUGCCCCACCAGACGUCACUUCCGGUACGGUCCUUGAAGGGAACAAAACUGUUGGAAGCACAAGGUUCUAUUUAUGUGGAACUUUAUCUUCUCCCGACGCGAACGCAUCUGUGACGUGUCAAAAUAAUGGCCUAUGGACAACUCCAGUAUUUACAUGUGUGUGCCCCACUCCGCCUUCCGUGACAAAUGCGUCCACUUCGUCAACUCAGAAGACGGUAGGAACCGUAAUAACCUUCACGUGUGACACAGGCUACAUAGCUGGGGGAACAUCGUCCAUCACCUGCCAAGUCAGCGGAUCGUGGACCGCCGUGUCAUACACGUGCACUGAUUGUGGGGCCCCGCCAACUGUGAACGAAACCACAGUCCAGCCUGGGACAAACCUUGUUGGCAGUAACAGAUACUACCUCUGUGACGGAAAGACCAGCAUACAACCGUCUCAUUAUGUUACCUGCCAAAAUACUGGCUCAUGGACAACUCCAAAUGUCGCUUGUGGCGAUUGGCCCUAUGGAACAUAUUCAUUGCUCCAGCCUACUACGGGAUGUCCUACGGGUUUUCUAGUGGGUCAAAAAACCUUUCACACAGAAGAUGCUGGUAGUAAUUACAACAGCAACAAUGACCUUACAGGUUCUGCUUCCGGUGGUUACGUGGUGUGGCACUUUUGUACGAAGACAGAUGCUAACGAAAAUACUGGUCCCUCCGUGUGGCCGGCCGGCACGUAUUGUAUAAUGAUGUACGGCGACUACUGUCCAACGGGGUUUUCAAGUGGAUACAUCUAUUUUGACGAGGAGGACCUCGACAAUACUAUAAGGCCCAUGUCUGGGGCCCUCCCAAAAAUACUCGGCACUUACGAUACAGAACUGUACUUCUGCUGCAGGUCCGAUGGUUCUAAAAGUACCCCUAUGUCAAUGAUGACAAACACUCCGUUCGUACUUUUUUCGCAUUCAGGAAGCGGUUGUCAAAGUGUCCAAGACAUGGCCUCGAACCCGGGACACACUUACUUCGAUAAUGAAAACCUAUUUAAUAUAGACAGUUAUUCUGGGUCUAUUCCAGAUGCGGUUGGCCCGCCUAACUGGUACAUCCACUACUGUUAUUAUGUAUAG